AUGGAGACCCAGAGGAACACCCGUUGCCUGGGUAGAUGGUCACCGUUGCUACUUCUACUGGGCCUGGUGAUCCCUCCGGCCACCACUCAGGCCCUCAGCUACAAGGAGGCCGUGCUCCGUGCCGUGGAUGGCCUCAACCAGCGGUCCUCAGAUGAGAAUCUCUACCGCCUCCUGGAGCUGGACCCGCUGCCCAAGGGAGACAAGGACUCUGAUACCCCAAAACCUGUGAGCUUCAUGGUGAAGGAAACUGUGUGCCCCAGGAUAAUGAAGCAGACACCAGAGCAGUGUGACUUCAAGGAGAAUGGGCUGGUGAAACAGUGUGUGGGGACAGUCAUCCUGGACCCAGUCAAGGACUACUUCGACGCCAGCUGUGAUGAGCCCCAGCGUGUCAAAAGAUUUCACAGCGUGGGUAGCCUUAUCCAGAGACAUCAGCAGAUGAUUCGUGACAAGAGUGAAGCAACUCGUCAUGGUAUCAGGAUUAUUACUCGACCUAAGCUCCUUCUAGCAUCCUAGGGUCUGCUUGCCCUGGCUCAGGCUUCAGGAUACUGAAAAAUGAAUUCUUGGGGCCAGCCCAGUGGCGCAGCAAAGUUUUCCUGUUCCGCUUUGGCAGCCCGGGGUUCACUGGUUCUGAUCCCGGGUGAGGACACGGCUCACUUGGCAAGCCAUGCUGUGGCAGGUGUUCCACAUAUAAGGUAGAGGAAGAUGGGCACAGAUGUUAGCUCAGGGCUAAUCUUCCUCAAAUAAAUAAAUAAAUAAAUAAAUAAAUAAAUAAAUUCUUGUGAGAGC